AUGUCUGACCCCUACAACCAACAAUCCCAAUACGGCGUCUACCAAGGCCAGCCCAAGCAUCAAAACUACAACCAGCAGAGAUACAACCAGCAAGCCUACGGCCAACAGGGUUACCCUCAGCAAGGCUAUAACCAACAGCAAGAGUACGACCAGCAAGUAGCCCGCUACGGACAAAACCACCAACAAGCCGCCUACGGCCAAGAAGGCCAGCAACAAUACGGCCAGCAGCAGCAACAAGCCUACCAGCAACCCCAAUACCCCCAAAGCGAAGGCCAAGACGGCGAGCGCGGCAUCGGCGGCGCCAUCACGGGCGGUCUCGCCGGCGGCUUCGGCGGCCACCAAGUGGGCCACGGGUUCCUGGGCGCGAUCGGAGGAGCGAUCCUGGGCAGCUUCACCGAGGACAAGCUCAGGAAGCACGAGCAGGAGAAGAAGCAGCAAGGGUCGAGGCCGCACAGCGCGCAGGGGGGCAGGGUGGGCGGGGGAGGAUUCUCGGAGAGGUUCAGCGAGAAUGUGAGUUUUGGUGGGUUUGGGGGGAAGAAGAAUUGA